AUGCCAACCCGCAGCAACCGCUUCUCUGGCUCCUUCCAGCCCCUGCGCAACCCCUCGCAGACCAUGCGCACCCUCAAGACAGCCUUCAGCCCAACGCGCUCCUCGCGCUCCGCAUCCGCCACAAGCUACAGCAGCACCUCUACCACCUCCCCGCUGACACAAUCCCGCAACCCAUCUGGCUCGGGCUCGUACUCGCGCGCCUCGUCCCCGCAGAGCAGCUGCUCGCGCCACAGCCUGGCGGAGCUGCUCGCCGUGCGCCGGCGCCCCAGCUCCCUCGAGUUCGAAAUGCAGAUGGAGAGCCGCACCUUCGGCAGCGAGCUGCACGUCCUCGAGCCCCGGCCCUGGGGCGUCGAGCAUGCGGGCGUCGUGGGCAUCUUCGAGGUCCUGGACGGGAAGUGCUAG